CGAAUGCUGUCCCCGCCCCAGCUUUCGGGUUAGCCAUGGCCGUGGUGGGGCUAAGCGGCCGACUGGCCCGGUGCUAUUGCCUGAGAGCGGUCAGGAGUUCCCUGUGCGUCCCAGCACUUCAGCUGCACGUGAGCAAAACAGCAAUGGGAGCCAGUCAGAAGGAUUUUGAGAGUGCAGUGAAUCAGGUGAAGCUGUUGAAGAAGGACCCAGGAAAUGAAGUGAAGCUCAAACUCUAUGCGCUCUAUAAGCAGGCCACUGAAGGGCCUUGUAAUACACCUAAACCAGGUCUGUUCGACUUGAUCAAUAAGGCCAAAUGGGAUGCAUGGAAUGCUCUUGGCAAUCUGCCCAAGGAAACUGCUAGGCAGAACUAUGUGGAUUUGGUGUCUGGUUUGAGGUCUUCAUCUGACUCCUCUAGCCAAGUGAAGCCUGAAGCAGACAAAAAACAAGCUGGGUAUGAAACGCUGGUGAUCACCUCUGAAGACCACAUCACAAAGAUCAUGUUGAACCGUCCCGCCAAAAAGAAUGCACUGAACACACAGAUGUAUCAGGAAAUCAUGCUUGCACUUGAAGCCGCAAGCAAGGAUGACUCUACCAUAACUGUUUUUACAGGAAGUGGUGAUUAUUACUCUAGUGGAAAUGAUCUGACCAAUUUCACUGAUAUUCCCCCUGGUGGAGUAGAGGAGAAAGCUAAAAAUGGUGCCAUUUUACUGAGGGAUUUUGUAGACUGUUUCAUAGAUUUUCCUAAGCCUCUGGUUGCAGUGGUCAAUGGUCCAGCUGUGGGAAUAUCCGUCACCAUUCUCGGGCUAUUUGAUCUUGUGUAUGCGUCCGACAGGGCAACAUUUCACACCCCUUUUAGUCACCUUGGCCAAACUCCAGAAGGAUGUUCCUCUUACACUUUUCCGAAGAUAAUGGGCCUAGCCAAGGCAGUAGAGAUGCUCAUUUUUGGGAAGAAGUUAACCGCUGGAGAAGCCUAUGCUCAAGGACUUGUUACUGAAGUUUUUCCUGAUAGCACCUUUGAGAAAGAAGUUUGGACCAGGCUGAAAGCAUAUUCAAAGCUCCCCAGGAAUGCCAUGCGUAUUUCAAAACAGAUCAUCAGAAAUCACGAGAAGGAAAAGCUGCACGCUAUUAAUGCUGAAGAAAGCAGCAUCCUCCAGGAAAGAUGGCUGUCAGACGAAUGCGUGAAUGCAGUCAUGAACUUCUUAUCCCAAAAAGCCAAGCUGUGAUGCUGUUACAGCAGAGUUACGCAUUUCAAAGGAAGGGAUGUGCUGUCAUUUCUGAUCCAGUACUCGGACUAAAUAAAUUGUGCCUUUUCUCAGUGCUAACAUACCAUUUAUGGUUAUCAUAUUUCACUAGAGCCCCGAUGACAAACCAGUUACCACGAGAGCUUUAAGAAUUUACAUAGGAUUUGGGUCACAGGGAGUCUUACGUCUUUCGACAUGAAUCUCUGUUUCCAGGAGCACUGAAACAUUGUGCCCGGGGUCCUGCUUUGAAAAGCAUUCACAGCAUUGCAAGCUGAAGUCAUAUUUUUGAACACCACGAUAGCACUUUGCCGUCCACAGAGGGUGACAGACUUAAUAGGCCCAAACACCGACAGCCUCUGGAUCACUGACUGAAGGUCUUCGGUGGGUUGCAUGUUCUUUUUCAACCACCUAGCAAGCAAGCAGAUGGAACAGUAGUAUUAAAAAAGAAACACACACAAAAAAGAAAAGAAACAACAAUCUUAGUUCCACUAAACCCUAUAAUUUAAUAAAAAAGCCAUGAAGGGAAAACUGGGUUAUUUCACUGGAAAUAAAAGCAGUGUUUUGGAUCAGUUAUCACAUAAUUAUUUAGUACGUAGUCUUUGUUCUUGUGUAACGUGGUAUGUUAUAAAAGGCAUACCCACAAGCCGCCUUAACAGUCCUUGCAACUUUGGG